GGUGCGAAGUGACUUGGAUGUAAGCGAGGAUAAUUGCAGACAAGGGGGAAGAUGGUUGUCGAGAGCUUUCCUGUGCCUAUUGCAAUCGAAUAUGAUAUUGCUGUGCAAGGAGGGAAGGCAAACAGUUCAGACCGAAAGCAAGCAAGGAAAAGGCCUUCCAUCGAAGAGCUGUUCACAAGGGAUCGCGAUGUUCUGUUCACCGUGUUAGGACUGCUGGAUCCUGCAACUCUUGCUAGAGUGUCUCUUGCUUCUCGUUCCUGGAACGCCUUGGGAAGUGAAGAAAGACUAUGGGAAAUUCACUGUCGUGUGGAACCACUUUGUCGCAAUUCCUGGACUCCGCAGACAAUUGUAAAGAAUGGGGGAUGGAAGAAGUUUUAUGCGAAUAGAGCAAAAGAAGCAAAACUCGUGCAGGAGCUGUUCAAUGAGAGAGACGUUGUGACAUUCCGAGACUUGUGGUUGACUACUGGAGAAAUCCUUUGGGAAAACGUUAUCGGGCCCUUGAUUCCAAUAUAAAUGUUGAUUCUAGCAGUCGAAAUCGUUUGGACAAACAAAACAACAACCAAGGCAGAUAUAGCGUGUAAAUCGAUUAGUGACUGGACAUGUUUGUAGAGAAACAAUAUGAUUAUUUAUUUCUAACACACUAAUUUAAACACA